CAAAUCUCAUUCACAUAAUUCACCUUAUAGACACUUUGUCCAACCACCAAGGAAGAGGGGUCUUGCUCUGAAUCACCAACACCCCAGUGCAGCACCAAGAUCGGCCAUGUGACCUUUACCGGAAAACAUGCGUUGAAGAAAGUAAAAGACAGACCAUUUCAGAAAAAAAAGGGAAAGAUAUGCUCAACCAGGUUCCAGCCACCAAUUUUCACCAAAACCAACCCAGUCAACGCGUGUGAUAUCGAGUAGCUUGCAUUGCUGAUCCGAAUACCAGCGUAGGUUAUUCAAAAGAUCAUCAUCAUCGUUGGGUUCCUUUCAGGGUCAAAGUGAAACUGCUUCUUUCUUCUAUUCAACAGCAGGUCUAGUAGAAUAUUGGUUCGACAUGCUUCAGUAGUUAAAUCCGGUUUGUAGCAUCAAUUAGGUUAUUAAAAAUCAUUGGAGGUCAGUAAUCAGUAUUUGCGUUAAAGCGAUAUUCAUCAAUCAUUCAUUUUGGGUCAAAGAUAAGGCGCAGAUUGAAGUAUAAUGAAGUUGCAAUAGUUCUGAUCAGUAGAUAAAAUUAAUUGCUUUCUUAUUCGAUUUCCUCCUUCUGUUUGGUUAACUACGAAUUUGAUUUAUUUGAUAUUCAUCAAUCACUCUUUGAUAUUUUCGUUUCUGUUCUCUCAUUUUCUUUCCAGUUACCAUGUGAUUCAUUUUAUUUGAUAUCGUGAUUUUUUAGCAGAAAAAAGGAGAAAAAAGAGUUUGUUCCAAUUCAAUGGCAAACUCUUCUUCCGGAGCUUCGGCAAUAAAAUAUGUUCUUUUUCAAUGUUUCUUUAUUAUUUCCGGACUGAUGGAUGUGGCCUCCAAGCAAAUGCCAGAUUAUGUUCCUCAAAUAAAAUAUGAUGUGUUUGUGAACUUUAGGGGCGACGACAUCCGUCGAGAUUUUCUUGGUCAUUUGACUAAGGAACUUCGUCGAAAGCAAAUUCAUGCCUUUGUAGAUGAUAAACUUAAGACUGGAGACGAACUAUGGCCAUCAUUUGUUGAAGCAAUUCAAGGAUCAUUGAUUUCGUUGACCAUAUUAUCUGAAAACUAUGCUUCUUCAUCCUGGAGUUUGAAUGAACUUGUGACAAUACUUGAGUGCAGGGAGAAAUACAAUCGAAUAGUGAUACCUGUUUUCUACAAGGUAUAUCCUACAGAUGUACGACAUCAAAAUGGGAGUUAUAAAAGUGAUUUUGCUGAACAUGAAAAGAAAUAUAAUUUGGCCACAGUGCAAAACUGGAGACAUGCUUUGAGCAAGGCUGCUAAUUUAUCUGGAAUAAAGUCAUUCAAUUAUAAGACUGAAGUUGAGCUGCUUGAAAAAAUCACCGAAUCUGUUAAUCUUGAGUUAAGGAGGUUGCGUAACCAUCCACAUAACUUAAAAGGGGUUAUAGGAAUGGAAAAGCCAAUUCAAAGUUUGGAAUCAUUGAUACGUCAAAAGUCAAUAAAUGUCAAUGUUAUUGGAAUUUGGGGUAUGGGUGGUAUCGGAAAGACCACCAUUGCAGAAGCAAUGUUUAACAAGCUAUAUUCUGAAUAUAAUGCUUCUUGCUUUUUGGCAAACAUGAAGGAAGAAUAUGGAAGACGUGGAAUAAUUUCUUUAAGGGAAAAACUUUUUUCUACACUGCUAGUUGAAAAUGAGAAAAUGAAUGAGGCAAAUGGAUUGUCUGAAUAUAUUGUGAGAAGGAUUGCUGGUAUGAAGGUUUUAAUUGUUCUUGAUGAUGUGAACCACUCGGAUCUACUAGAAGAAUUAUUUGGAGACCAUCAUUGGUUUGGAGCAGGCAGUACAAUCAUUAUAACAAGUAGAGACAAACAAGUGCUCAUAGCUAAUAAGGUUGAUGAUAUAUACGAAGUUGGGGCCUUGAACUCGAGUCAAGCACUAGAGCUUUUUAGUUUGUAUGCCUUUAAAAAAAAUCAUUUUGAUAUGGAGUAUGAUGAGCUAUCAAAGAGGGUGGUCAAUUAUGCCAAUGGCAUUCCAUUAGUUCUUAAAGUUUUGGGUCGUCUCCUUUGUGGAAAAGAUAAGGAAGUAUGGGAAAGUCAGCUAGACAAACUUAAAAGCAUGCCAAAUAAACAUGUUUACAAUGCAAUGAAAUUGAGUUAUGAUGAUCUAGAUCGCAAAGAAAAAAAUAUUUUUUUAGAUCUUUCAUGUUUCUUCAUAGGACUGAAUUUGAAAGUGGACCACAUAAAACUUUUAUUGAAAGAUAGUGAAAGUGAUAAUUCAGUGGUUGCUGGGUUAGAAAGGCUGAAGGAUAAAGCUCUUAUAACCAUCUCUGAAAAUAAUGUUGUAUCUAUGCACAAUGUUAUACAAGAAAUGGCAUGGGAGAUUGUUCGUGGUGAAUCUAUUGAACACGCUGAAAGUCGUAGCCGAUUGAUAGAUCCAGUUGAUAUUUGUGAUGUACUAGAAAAUAACAAGGGGACUGAGGCUAUAAGAAGCAUAAGGGCUGAUUUGUCAGUAUUUCUGAAGCUGAAGUUUAGCCCUCACAUAUUUACUAAGAUGAGCAAACUACAAUUUUUGAGUUUUACAAACAAACAUGAUGAAGAUGAUAUUGAGUUUCUUCCUAACGGACUUCAAUCUUUCCCAGAUGAGCUAAGAUAUCUCCAUUGGAGGUAUUACCCUCUGAAAUCCUUGCCAGAGAAUUUUUCUGCUGAAAAACUUGUUAUACUGGACAUGUCAAAUAGCCAAUUGGAAAAACUUUGGGAUGGAGUGCAGAAUUUGGUGAAUUUAAGAGAAGUAAAAGUCUGUGAUUCUAAAAACUUGAAGGAGCUGCCAGACCUUACACAAGCUACAAAUCUUGAAGAAUUGGAUAUCAGUGCUUGUCCUCAGUUGACUAGUGUGAAUCCGUCUAUUUUCUCUCUCAACAAGCUCCAGAGAUUGAAUAUAGGUUACUGUUAUAUUACCAAAGUUGUAAGCAAUAACCAUUUAAGCUCCCUUAGAUAUCUCAGCCUUGGAAGUUGCCCUAAUCUAGAGGAAUUUUCAGUGACAUCAGAGAAUAUGAUUGAGCUAGAUCUAUCGUAUACUCGUGUCAAUGCAUUGCCAUCAUCUUUUGGACGUCAAAGCAAGCUCAAACUCCUAAGACUUGGCUCCACUGACAUCAAGAAAUUGCCUUCAAGCUUCAAGAAUCUUACUGCACUGCAAUAUCUGAGUGUAGAAUUGUCCAGGCAGCUUCACACUCUAACGGAGCUUCCCCCAUCUCUUGAAACUCUUGAUGCCACAGGUUGCGUAUCAUUGAAGACUGUACUGUUUCCAUCAAUUGCUCAACAAUUCAAGGAAAAUAGGAGAGAUGUUCGCUUUUGGAAUUGCUUGAAUUUGGAUGAACAUUCUCGCAAGGCUAUUGGGUUAAAUGCACGUAUUAAUGCGAUGAAAUCUGCGCACCAACAUUUAUCUGCACCGGAUCAAAAUUACAACAAUUACAGUCGUAAGUACAGAUUUUAUCAGGUGAAGUAUGUGUAUCCCGGCCGAAAAAUUCCCGAAUGGUUCGAGUAUCAGACAAGAGAUGAUUAUAUAAUGAUCGAUCUCCCUUCUACUCCACGAUCAUCUCAAUUGGGCUUCAUUUUCAGCUUCGUUAUAUCUUACCCUCUGCACAGAACAGUAGGUUAUUUUUCAAGAUUUACAUUUCAUAUCAUUAUCAGUGAUGAUGGGGGGUAUAAAAGUGAAAAGAGUAGUAUCAACAUCUACAUGUCUGCCCUUCAUCUCAGGCCAAAUUCGAAACAUGUGUGUGUCAUUUAUGACCAACGAUGUUCUCGCUACCUGAACAGUAGAGCUGAAAAUAAGAGGAGGCUUAAGAUUGAGGUUGAAGUAAUGGGAGACACACAUCCUGAAUGGGGUGCGGAGUUGGAAGCAUUCGGGGUCAGUGUAAUAAAUACCUCAGCAUAUCACAAUUUCGUUCAACAGAUAAACACUUCAUCAGGUCAUAAUUUCAUUCAACAUAUAGGAAUGUCUGAUCCUAUGCAUUCAUUAUGCUUGAAAUCAUCUUGCGCAUAUCCCUCUUGUGGUUUAGAUGAAGACUUUGAUUAAAGCAGGUCCAGUUGGUUAACAGUGAAGUUAUAGAUGUGAAAUUUUCUUAUAAUUGUGAUUAUACUGUAGACCUGCUGUGUGCUUAAAUAAACAACUAUAAGCUUCAUUCAUAUUUUAUGGUCACUUCAGUAAAAGGCUGCUGUUUAUUUCUUUCUU